GAGACAAACAGCGUGUCCCGUCAAAAGACAGAAAAGGAAGCAGAAUGCAAAGUUAAAAGCCAAAGCAGCAGAACAAAGCUGCAGGCAUGCAGCACAGUCCAAAUGAAAUACAUUGUGGAACUAGAAGGCACCGAUAACAAGGUAAUGACAACUUUGGAAUAAUCUACUAUCACAAGAGCAUAAUGAAUACCUUGAAUACCUUGAGUUUAGGAUGCAAUAGACACUCGUGCCACUGCACUAAGAUGCCUAUGGUCUGUCUGACCGACUUCGAGGAAUACGCCAAAGAGCACCUGCCCAAGGCCACCUGGGACUACUACGCAGCUGGAGCUGACGAGUGCUGCACCAGGGAUGACAACCUCCUGGCUUACAAAAGAAUACGCCUGCGGCCGCGCAUGUUGCGGGACGUGUCGGUCAGUGACACCAGGACGACCGUUCUGGGCACGGAGAUAAGUUUUCCUGUCGGCAUCGCGCCUACUGCCUUCCACUGCUUGGCCUGGCCGGAUGGCGAGAUGAGCACCGCAAGAGCCACCGAAGCCGUGAACACCUGCUACAUCACCAGCACGUACUCCACCUGCUCCGUGGAGGAGAUCGUGGCGGCCGCUCCUAACGGGUACCGCUGGUUUCAGCUGUACGUGUACCGGAACCGCAAGGUCUCCGAGCAGAUCGUGCACCGCGUGGAGGCGCUGGGCUACAAGGCGCUGGUGCUCACCGUGGACGUGCCCUACACCGGCAAACGGAGGAAUGACAUCAGGAACCAGUUCAGGCUCCCGCCGCACCUGAAGGUCAAGAACUUCGAUGGCGUGUUUGAGGAAAACAGUGGCCUGGAGGAGUACGGUGUCCCUCCCAACACCCUGGACCCGUCCAUCAGCUGGAAGGACAUCUACUGGCUCCAGUCCCUGACCCGCCUGCCCAUCAUCAUCAAAGGCAUCCUGACCAAGGAGGACGCCGAGCUGGCCGUGGAGCACGGAGUGCAGGGCAUCAUCGUGUCCAACCACGGGGGCAGGCAGCUGGACGGGGGGCCUGCGACAAUAGACGCCCUUUUGGAAAUCGUGGAUACGGUCCAGGGCAGAAUAGAGGUCUAUCUGGAUGGAGGCAUCCGCACAGGGAGCGACGUGCUGAAGGCUCUGGCUCUUGGGGCGAAGUGUGUGUUUAUUGGAAGGCCGGCCAUCUGGGGUCUGGCGUACAAGGGGGAAGAGGGAUUGCGAGAGGUGCUGCAGAUUCUCAAUGAUGAGUUUCGCCUGUCGAUGGCUCUAGCUGGUUGCAGGAAUGUCUCAGAGAUAAACAGAAACCUAAUUCAAUUUUCAAAACUUUAGUCUGCAUUUCAGUUCUCUUCUCCUGAACCGAGGCUGUUUAAAAAUGGCAUAUUUAACACCUGCAAUUUAAUUUCAAAGCAAGUGCAGCUGUAGUGCAGUUGAGACACGAAUUUGGGAAGACAGAAAUACCAGGCAGUAAACAGGAUGGAAGCUCUUUGCUUUUGUCUGAUUAAAACCAUAAAACCUGAACCUUACUGUCUUCCCCGACAUGGUGAAAAUGAGAAAAUGUAAGGUGAUGUGAUGAAGAGUGUGUUUGUGUGGGGUGUGUGGAGGGUGCACAAGAGCAGAACAAGAUGGUGAAGCCCGGUUCAUUUCUGCGUUGUGACUGUAAUCAAUGCACAUGUAAACGGAUCUGAAGAAGAAUUUGGUCUUGGAUUGGCUGUACCAACAGCGCUGAGUAAGCGUGAGUGCGAUGGUGGCUUUUGAGAAGAACGUUCUGUAUCCGCAGAAUCUGUUUUCCCAAGCAGCCGAAGGACACAAGUAUGUGAUGCAACUUAGGAAGAAUAAAACUGGAAUUUUCCAAAAA